GCUGUGUAUCCUACUCUUAUCUAUCAUGGCUGUUGCAGCCAAUGUAUGCCAGAAUGAUGCCCAGACUGCAGGAUCUCCUCUCUCAGGAAGUUUCGGAAUUGGAGGAGCUACAGAAGUUUAUCUUGCAGAUAUUUUUGACGAUCAAACUAAUGAAAUACUCUAUUUUGUUGGUUAUUUUGGCUCAUCUAUUCCAUAUGAUACGAUAAUAUACAAGUCUAACCCUGAUCUGACUACAAUUCAAGUGAUGACUUAUAAUAUCUACUGCAACUACCGUUCCUACGCCAUAUCUCCAAACAGGGAUUUCAUCUACAUCCAAGACCAAACAACGGAUAAGGUAUUUGAGAUCAAGACUUCAGACUUGACCAUCUCCAGAGAGUUGGGAGUUAGCUCUACCUCAGUUUCUUUUACCUCAAAUAUGGAUGUUACAAAAGGAUUCUAUUUCAGCUUCACCCAGAGCUCAAUUAUUCACACUUGCAGAUGGGGAAUGCUCAAUCCCAAUCUCGACUGAUUCACUUUCGGAGUCAACAAGCAAAUAAGCUUUGCUGGAGUCAGUGAAGAAUUACUAUUCUUUGGGUCAAUUGAUACAGCAGCCGACCAGUAUUACCUUGUGAACUACAACUUCUCCUCAUCUAGCCUGGUCUGGAAGAAAAGUAUUGCCUGUCCCACUUCUAACUGAGAAAUCAAAAUAAGCAACUCUCUCCUAAGCAGAGAUGAAAAAUGGAUCUACACAACUGUGCUGUACGACUUAAACUUUAUUUUCCAUAAGCUAAGCAUAGCUGAUGGGAGUCCUCAAACCUCAGGGUUGAUUUGGAACGACAGUGGAUAUAUGCAUAGCUAUUUAAUGAAAGAAUUCACCAACUUCAUUGCUAUUCAGAUUCGUACUUCCACGUUAGCAAAUUUCAAAAAGCUAAUUCUGGUAACCCCUUCAGCAAAAAUUGUGAAGGAGUACGAAUCGGCAAACUCUAAGGCUUAUGCAGUUGGAAGGCUGGUAUAUAAAGGUGAAGAACUAAUGUACCAUUCUGGAAUAAUUGUCACUAAUUCUACUUUCUUCCUUGCAAGAUCACCCACUAACAACAUUGGACAACUUUCUGAGUUUGAAGAAGUCACUCCUCUGUUCAGCCCUAUUACCACUAAUUAUCAGGUGUCAUCAACAACAUCAAGCCCAAGCAUAUCCACAAGUACUAAGACCUUCACUAUUUCAACUUCAUCCUCUAUCACGACUACUGACAUUACAUCGUCGACCAAUCCUUUGCUCACCAGAUACGUGGCAUUGUGGAACCAAGACCACUUCCAGACUGUCCAAAGCAACUCAUUAGUGAAAUUGGAAUUCAUUUGGGCCUGAGCUCAAUCAACGAAUUACACUGCCAUUAGCUUCAGUCUAGCUCAAACUGGUUCCAAUGCUAUUCCUGAGUGGGUAAAGCUGGACUCAGACAAUAGAGAGCUUCAACUUAACACCACUCCAAAGUUGGAUACCAAAGAAGUCUUCUUCUUUUCUCUGCAGAUCUCUUUUAAUAGUGAAGUGCACUAUAAGAAGUUUGAAAUCACUGUAGAGGAGUGAUCUAUCCAGAACUGCGAGCUAUGAACAUUAGGCAACCACAGUAUUUGAGGGACUUGAUCAGAUGGCUAUCAAAGCUCUGAUGAGCAGAAAUCUUGUUCCAAAAUAGGUGCUAUGACUGGAACAAUUGAGGCUGCUACUACUUUGGUGAUAUUGAGCGUCAUACUUGCAAGUGCCUCAUCUCUCCUGUCACUAUCAUCCAUCAACUCAAUCUUUAGCAUCAUGAACAGUCUACAGCUUGCAGUAUUAUUGCCUCUGGUUCCUGACUACUUUUCACUAAAAGUGCUAGACUUCUUGAGAGGAAUGGCAUUCGUAAUGUUCUCAUUCGACUUCAUCAAGUUUAAGGAUCUCCCAUUUGUAGAAGCUCUUACAAAUUGGGUGUCAUACCCCCAGUCUGAUGAGUACUUGAACAGCAUUGGAAUGAGGUCUGGGAGUUCAGUUGUCAAUUAUUUAUCAUUGAUGGUCAUUAUCAUUCUUGUUGGAAUCAUCCAUCUUUGAAUUUUUCUGUGCAAAAUAUGGACAGAGAACUCGAAACAUAGAAGAUGAAAGUUAUUUUUCAAUAAGCUGUUCAAGCUGCUAACUUUUAAUAUCUAUAUCAGAAUAUUCAUGCAGGCAUUUGUAUUCACAACUCUCUCUAUCUUCUCCGAGCUUUAUAAUCUCAAUCUUGCUACAACUGUGACUAAAAUAUCCUUUGGUCUAUGAGUAAUGUUUGCUCUAUGCACAAGUGUGCUGUUUAUCUUAUCAUUUAUAAUGUACUGAUUCUCUUUUCCUCAGAUUGAUAAAGAGAAAUAUUGGCUAUGAAUUGAAUACUUUAAUGGGAUAAAAUCAACCAAAUAUUCAAAUCUCUAUUCUAGCCUGUUUAUGCUGGCGAGAUUAUUGAUGACUUCAUUACUUAUAUUUGGUCAAAAUGCUCUUUCAAAAGAAAAAGCGAUCUAUUUCUACAUUAUAAACAUUGUUUACUUAAUCUAUUUGAUCGUUGUCAGACCGUUUGAGAAUCUUCAGGAUAAUGCCAUUGAGAUAAAUAACCAGACAUUGUUUUGCUGUCUGGCAGUCCCGUUAUCAUGGCUUAAUACAAAACAGGCCUGGACUCCAUUCUACGAAAGCUAUUACACAACAAUAUUAAUGCUGUCUCCAGCUAUUGGAAGCUUAAUAUGCCUUUGUUUCUUGAUUAAAUCAAUAGUAGUUUAUAUAAAAAACAGGAAAACCAAGAAGAAAGAGCAGAAUGUAGCUCCUAAGGAGCACUUCUCACCUCAAAGACCUCUCCAGACCCAAGAAAACCCUAAUCCAAAUCCUUCUUCAUGCAUUAACAACCAGUCCUCGAUCAUGAGCAGAAGCAAUGCCCCUAUCGCACCUCCUCUACCCACUCAAAGAGGACCCUAUAAAAAAUCUCGCCCCAAUAUAAGUCCAAUGAGAAAGAAACUGAAUAAUCUCAAAUAA